GCUUCCGAUUCUUUAGCUUCCCAUACAAGGAUACAAACAAGAAAUUUGGCCACGUAGAAAAGCCUGCAACUUGAUGGGCAAUGUCACGAGUUUCUGUAUGAUCUGUUGUAAGCUGCAAUAACAAGAUGUCUCAGGCGGCGUCACCAGGUACAGAAGAGGGUGGGGAUACCAAACAGUCCCCCGCCCCCAAAGCUGGCAAGUUGGAGAGUCUGCCGAAGGAAGAUCUGAUCAAGUAUGUCAAGAAACAGGCCAUGCAGGUUCAAAAGAUGAAGGCUAAAUGUGAUGAGUUGUCCAAGAAGAACGCUGAGCUGCAGAGUGAGAAGAAAAGCUCCGCUGCAGCAGCGUCGUUAGACAGCACUGGAAAGAUGGAGGAUGAACUGAAAGAAUUGAGAGAAGAGAAUGAAGGAGUGCAAGCCGCUUACAACGCAGUCCAACAACAGCUAGCUCAGGCAGCAGAAGUACAGGAGACUUUGCAGGAGGCUUUGAAUGCAGCGUCUGAUCAGAGGAGCUCAGCUGAGCAACAACAUAAGGCUGCUGUAGCUGAACUAGACAAAGCCAACACCAAGAUAAAGGGUUUCGAGGAGGAGAUGCAAUGUAUGCAGAUGAAAGAAGAAACGAUGAGAACAACAUUCCAAUGCUUACAAGAAGAUCAACAAGCAAUCAUGAAGGAGAAUAAGAGUCUGAAAGAGCAACUGGAAGUCCUGACUGAAGCGCGUGAUCAGACGAUAGAAUCUCUCAAAGCCUUGAAGCAAUCAAUGUCAUCAGAGUCAAGCAAGGGUGACGAGACGAAGAGGCAGUUAGAUGAAGUCAUCUCAGAGAAGAAUGAACUCAGCCAGAGGAUCUCUUGUCUCCAGGAAGAGCAGAAGACCUCAUUGCAGGAGAUUGAGGGUUUGAAGUCUGAGCUGAAGAGUGUCGUCCAGGAGAAGGAACUGGAGGAUGUCUCAAGAAAGGCUGGCGAGGAGAUGGAAGAGCGAUUGAAGAUUAUUGAGGAGGAGAAGCAGGUCAUGAUGAAGGCUGGGGUUGAGCUACAAGAACAGGUGGAGAGUCUUCAGAAACAACUUAGGGAUGCGGAAGAGGGUUAUAAGACACGCCUUGAGACCCUGACAAAGACCUCAGAGGAUGCAUCCGGCUUUGCUCAACAGUUGCGGGAAGAGCUGAAGACAAUGAAUGAAGACCUUGCCAAACUGCUCCAAGAAAAGGAGAAUCUUAUUGUAACCAAGGAUGAGGCAAAUGCGAAGGCGAGUGUCUUGGAGGAGAAAGUUCAUGAAUGGGAGGAAGAGAAGGAGCAAGAGCAGAAGAAGAUAGAAGCAUACGAAGAGGACAUGUCAUGUCUCAGAGUGCAGGUGGAAGAGCUGAAUACUCUAAAAGGGCAACUUACCGAGCUUGAAGCAGAAAAAGACAGCUUGAAAACCGAAGUAGAGAGUUUGUCUGGAGACAAUUCUAGGUUGUCAGUUAGCAUGAGAGAGACUGCAGAGGAAAGAGCCCGACUAUCUGAAGAACUUGAGUCUUUGAAGUCAGGGCAGACAGAUCUGAAUGAGGUCCUCCAGAAACAACUUGAUGACACCACAGAAGAGAAGAACAGUCUUAAAAAGAAUCUUCAAGAGCUGGAGGAUAGUUAUGGGUGUCUUCAGAAGGAGUCCUCUGCAAGAGAAGCUGAACUUGAAGAUAUCAAAAGGUCUGUUGGAGAGAAAGAGCUACAACUUGAGAAAUUACAGGAAGAGAAAUUGAAGAAAGAAGAAGAAAUGACCAAGAAAGAGGGUUCUCUUCAAGAGGCUCUUGACACUGCCAGAGAAGAUAAUGAGAGAAUGAAGGAAGAACUAAAGAUUGCCAAGGAAGGUAUGACAAGUGAUGAGAGCAAGAUGGAGGAACUCACCAAGGCCACGGAAGAUCUGGAGGAAAUCAUCAAGAAAAUGGAAGAGGAUGUCGCAAGAAAAGAUGAAGAAGUGGAAAGUUUGAAGGAGAAGCUGGAAGUUGCGGCACAAAGAGCAGAGGAAGAAUUGGUGAGGUCGAAGAAAGAACUUGAGAGUGCCUUAGAGUCCUCAAGGGAGGAGGAAGGGAAGAAGGCACAGUUGGUGGAGAAUCUUGAAAAGGAACUUGCAGAAGUAAGAGAGACGAUGAUGAAAGGAGACAACGAGAAGAUAGAAGAGAUGUGUCGGAAAGAAGAAGAACUAAGGGCCGCUCUGAGAACAGAAAAAGAGGAUGGGCAAAAGAGGGAAGAUGAGAUAAAGGAGUUGAAAGCGGAGAUGGAAGUAGUGAAGGAACAAUUAAUGUUGAUCAGGCAGGCUCAUCUUGAAAGCAUGCAGCAGAGCUCAGAAUACCAACAACAACUGGAGACACUUCAAAAUGACCAGAGCUCUUCGAACAAGGAAGACAAUGACAGAUCAAGUGAGCUAGAAUCCAAGAUGGCUGAAUUGGAGAAGGAGAAGGGAGAAAUGGAAAAGAAAGUUACUGCACUGCUGGAAGAGCUAGAUCAAGGUAAACAAACUAUUCAAGAAUCGCAUAAGGACAAUGAGGACCUCCAAGCUACAAUUGCUAAACUUGAAACAGAGAUGAAUUCCACUAAGAAGGAACUUCAAGAUAAACUGACACUACAGGAGAAAGAGAAGGAGACACACCAAGCAAGUCUACAUGACCUGGAGCAGGGAGCUGUUGAGGAGCGCAGGAUCCUGGAGGAGAAAGUCAAGGAGCUUCAAGAGAAGAUCGGGCUACAUGAGCAGGAGAAGGAGACACAUGAAGCUGGACUCAAGGACCUGGAGCAGGGAGCUGUGGAGGAGCGCAGGAUUCUGGAGGAGAAGAUCAAGGAGCUGGAAGGGAGCAAGGAGAAGUAUGCGACAAACUUUGAGAAACUGAAGAAGGCAAGCACGGCAAAGGUCCAGGAGCUGCAGGAGCAGAUCAAGGAGCUGAGGAGCUCCAGGGAGCAGGGAGACAAUGAUAAGGAGACACUGCUAAUACAACUUCAAGAUAAAAUAAGUUCCCUGAAUGAAACCACCAGUCAACUCCAAGACACCAACGCUAGCCUUCAGUCCAGACUGGAGGAUGUCUUGUCAGAGAAGAACGCCCUCUAUGCUGACUUGGAAACAGCCAUGCACCAGAACGAGGUCUUGGGACAGAAGGAGAGUGACAUCGGUCGUCAGGUCAGUGACCUUGAGGUCACCCGUCAGAAGCUGAUUGGUCAGAUGCAAACAAUGCAGUCUAAACUAGAUGAACACAUUGCUGAGAAUGAGAGUCUCAGAUCGACCGUUGAUGAGUUAAGAUCUCAGAAAGAUGAUGUGAUGGAGCAGAUGACUCAACUCAGAGAAACUGUAGCUGAACUCAAUGCAAAGAAAGGACAGUUAGAAGAGGAAUCCCUUCAGAGAUCAGCCAGUCACAGUGAAGAUACCCAACAAGAGAUGGAAUCUUUGAAGAAAUCGGUGAGGGAUUCGGAAGAGAAGGUGCAGAAGAUGAAAGCGGUUGCUCUGAAAGCUAAGAAGGAACUUGAACUCAGCAAGAAACAGAUGGUUGCAUUGUCACAAGAAAAAGAUCAAGCACAGUCUGAGCUAGAGGCUAUGAGUAGGCGAUACGAAUCAUUAGAAACAAAGCUAUCUGGAAGUCAUCAACACAUGGAAAAUUAUCAGAGUCUUCACAAUGAGUACGAGAAGCGACAAGAUGAGUUGGAAGCUAAAACUGAGAGGAUAAAAGAAUUGGAGAAGCAGAUUACAGAAACACAGCAGGAUUUAAAUAAUCUUUCUCUGGAGUGCACUCAGACCAAGCAGCUGAAGGAGGAGUUGGUCCAGAGAUUAGAUGCACAGGAUAAAGAGAUGAAGACAUUACAAAGGGGCGUGGCCGAGAUGAGGAGCCGAGCAACUAUGGUAGAGGAGGAACUGGAUGCAGAGAGGAAAGACAAUGCUGAAAAGGAGGAACAAUUGAAGGAGGCAAAUGAGAGAGUCUUGACCCUUGAGUCGUCAUUAAACCAGCAGAAGACUACUCACGAUACCACUACAAUGAAGCUAGAAGCAGCUCUUAAAGAAGCAAGCCAGAGCAAUCUCAUGGAUCUAGAGAUAGCAGACUAUGAGAAGACCGUGUCUAGUUUGAAUGCAACCAUCGAUGAUAGAGAAACGAAGAUCGCUAACCUCAAUACUGAAGUAGAGAGUCUAGAGAAGAGACUGGAUGCCAUGCAGAAUGAAAUCACUGCCAUCGGUAAUCAACGUGAGCAGGCGGAGGAGAGGGCUAACAAGAUGAAGGGGAUGCUGAUGAAGACCAAGAAAGAGCUCUCUGAUAUCAAGAAGACGGAGAGUGAGCAGAGGAGUGCGGAAGCUGCUCUCCAUGGUCAGGUGGAAUAUCUCAAUCAACAAGCCGAAGAUAACAAGAUGGAGCAAGCCAAGAUGGCCGCUGAGAAUCAGAAACUCAAAGAUCAGAUGCGUACAUCCAUCGAGGCAAACAUGAGGGCAGUGCGGAGUCUGGAACAGAAGACUACCAUGCUACAGGAAGAUCUCCACCUAGCUCACAGUGAGCUCACUGCAUGUCAGGCCGAGUUUGACAGCUAUAAGGUCAGAGUUCAUAGUGUCCUCAAGCAGCAGAAGACGAGGGAGACCAAUCCUGUUACCAUGGCGAUGGAUGCGAGGGAGAAGGAGGAGUCAGAAAACAUGAUCCAAGCCCUGAGGAGCAAGCUGAAGGAGACGGGAGAUAAGAUGGUUGCCUUGACGACGGAACAUGAGUUGUUACAAGGAGAACACGAUCGUCUUUUGGCGAGACACAGUGAGAUGAUACAGGAUAUGGAAUCUAAUGAAGCUGCAGGAAGAGAUAGGUUAGAGAAGCUUCGUAUUGAGAGCCACAGUAGGAGCAUAGAACACACUGAAUCCAUCAAAGAAUUAACUGCACAGAAUGAGGCUUUGACUUCAUCAUUUAAGGUUCAAAUGAGGCAGCUGCAGGAUGAUCAUCACCGAACAACGGAAAGCUUACAGCGCCAGCUAGAGUCCACCGAGAACCAGCUUUACCGAGCCCAGAAGGAGAUACAGAGGAACAACAGCAUGGUCAUCAUCCCGACACGUACCCCGGUGGAGACGAGUAAAGAGAGCCCUCUGGAGUCAGCUAUUAGAACAGUUCAUGGAGAGAGAGAGCAGGCUGAAGGUAUGGAGCACACGGAUGCCGAAGCACCGCCCAAUAAGUCGCACCCCUCCCUUCCACCAAUCAGCAUGCAGAGUCCCACGCAGGCUCCGACCUCGGUACCCUUCGCACAACUCCUAUCAUCACCGACCGAUGACCGGCAGAGCAUCUUCAGUGCGGUCAGCUCCACGGCCGAAGAGGAACAGUUGAAGAACCAGUUGACUGCUGCUCAGCAUAGAAUUGACCACUUCACAGAGAUAACAGGAGAAAACGAAGCAGCCAUUCUAAGGUUGACGGAACAAGCAAAGGUCUUAAAGGAAGAGAUCAGGAGAUUAGAAAGAAACCAGGCCAGGGAAAACGCAAUCUCAAACAUGGAAUACCUGAAGAAUGUUGUACUCAAGUUCAUAUCUCUGCCUCAAGGCGAUGAGAAGGGUCGUCUUAUACCGGUCUUGAAGACUAUGCUGAAACUCAGUGAUACAGAAAUCAAGCAGCUAGCUACUAUCGCCCAAGGUGACGAAGCUACACAGAAGUCUGGCUCCCAAGCUGGCUCGUAUCUCCAUCGAUGGUCGGGUGGUCUACUAUAGUCACAUGAUCAAUGGUCAGGUGGUCUCUUAUGAUCACAUGAUCAACAUUCCAAUGCUCCUUCCCCCAACCCAGUUUUAUCUUGCCUUCGGGGUUUCUCAGAGGGGGCAUGAUAGCUCAGUCGUUACAGCGGUGGUUUUGCAAUACGGUGACCGAGGUUCGAUUCCAAUUUGGUGCUCUGGUGCCCUUUGGCAAGGCAUUUAUCCCCAUUAAUAGGUUCUUCGGAAGGGACCUUAAGCCUUUGGUCUUCUGGGUGCUUACUCACAAUCAUUCAUGCUUUCUUAACAAUCAGGUAGAAAUAAUCACCAACACCACCACUUAAAAAUCCUCUGAUUUUGGCAUGCAGAAGGGACAUUUUGUAAUAAGUGAAGUCAUGAAGUAUCACAAAUAGCUUUUGGGCUCUUUGCAGAUUGUUACGGAUGUAUUCAUUUAUGGAUGAUUCUUAUGCAUUUCAUGUGUUCCAUGGAAUAUGUAUUUGGCUGGGCACAGGGUGACUCUUCAAACUGUGCAAUACCAGUUAUUCUAUCACUCUUAUACAUUAUACGUAUACAUGUAUAUCACAUAAUUUGUUGCUAGGUCAGGGAUGCCUUUCCAUGUUCUAAGAUCAUAAUGCCUCUCAGAGAUUUUUCUAUUACAUGUAUUUGCUGUACCCUGUAUAGUCAUAAUGCCAAUUACUUAAAAAUAUUUUUCAUUUGUUUAGAUUAUUUGGAAGAAAAUAGAGAAAACUUAAUUUUCUGUUAUUUUCAUUUUUCAUUUCUAUUACUACGUGACUUGAAAUGGAUUAACUGUGAUAAAUUUGCAAGAAUGAGACAACUGUUGAAGUAAACAGUUUGCUAUUCUUGAAGAUAAUUGUGAUUAUAGGUAUUCUUGGUUUACCAACGCAUGAUAAAUUAUUUAUAUUGAUAUAAAUAUUUGAGUUUAUUUACAAUCAGAUGAAUUUUUAUGAUAUAAUUUGGUCACUAUGCCAAAGGGCUUUCUGUUGUUGAAUGUAUAUGACAUGUAAUUAAUCAGCUUUCUGUAACUUAAGACUUUAAUAUAUAGAAGUGCUUUUUGUAUCAUUAUGACCUGAAUGUGAGUGGUGCAUUAUGGGCCACUUUCAGAACUCCGGUUUGACUUGAACCAUCUUUUCAGUCAUCUUUUCACUAUGGGUUGCCAAAUGUGAUGCAAAUGUUCACAGCUAGAUGAUAAAUUUAUCAUUACAUUCGGCACAUUUGGCACACACUUAGACCGAGGUGUAAGAUCAAUUGUAGUUCAGAAUACAGGCCUAUGUGUUUAUAUUGUGUUGCAAAUAUUGUUAGAAGUAACCCUGUAUAAUAAUGCCUUAGGAAUAUCAAAUUGUUGUUUCUUGGAGCUUAUCAUAACCAGCUGGUGUGUAUCGAUGGACUGUUCAUUCUGGGGAGCAUUCCAUCAACGUUUUCAUCCGACAAGUUGUCAGAUCUGACAACUUUAUUUGAUUUUGAUUGGCUGAGAAACACUGUUACUAUGGUAACUGUCUGAUAAAACAGAACUUGUCGGAUAAAGCAUUUGAUAAGUCCUUUCAUGAAAUGCUCCCCAGGUGGCAUAUUUUACACAGAUAUGCCAAUGUUAUCUAUGGUUUAAAGUUGUGACACAACUAUGGAAAGCCAAGUGUGACAACUUAUUUUGUUGUAUUUAUUCAUCUUCUCCAUAUUUGCUAUUAUUUUUUAUCUUCGCAUUAAUGGUCAUGAAAAUCAUUAGCAGACAGUGGUUUGAGUACCGAAAAUGCUGAUAAUUGAAUUUUGUUUAGAUAUAUAUGGCAUGCGCCACAGUUGGCUUACCAUAGUUAGAUCACUGUUUUAAUCCACGUGUUAACAUUGUACGCCUUUGUUUAUUUCUGUGUCUAAGUUUUUGUCAUGUAAUGGCUUAAAGCCUAUUUUUAGUUUUGGUAAAUCCUCUCAAAAGAGCCUAUCACUGUUCCUAACCAUUAUUGGAUUAUAUGAAUGAAAGUGCCCCAAACAGUUAUGGUGUGAAGAAUAUAAACUAAAAUGUGUCUUAUUGGAUAAAUUUACAAAAAUCAUUUCCAUUGGGUCCCCUAUGAAAAAAAAAUCUGCAUAUUUAUGUUUGUUUAUAUUAAACCCCUUUUCAAACAUGGAGUUGGCUGAAAAUUUCAGGAUGUAAACUUUGUCAGUAGCUUUCUAAUAUCCAUUUACUUUCUGGGGUGGGUGCGUUGUGGUCUAGUGGUUCUGACUCUCCUUUCAAACAAAGGGUUGUGGGUUCGAAUCCUAGCCAUGGCAAGUUUUCCUUCAGCAAGAAAUUCAUCCACACUGUGCUGCACUCGACCCAGGUGGGGUAAAUGGGUACCGGCAGGAAGUAAUUCCUCAUAAAGCUGUGCACACCAGAAUCGGUAGACUAGCUUAGCCGGGUAAUAUAGAAGCGCCUUGAGCACCUAGCAAGGUGGAUAAGUGCGCUAUACAAAUCCUAUAUUAUUAUUUAUUAUUUUCCAAUAUUCAUUUACUAAAUCUGUAAAAUAAGUGCUAUAUGGGUUAUAAUAAUAAAAAUAAACAUGGAUGAGAGAGGGUGCUAGGUGCCACAUUCAAACUAUAGCAAACAGACAAAUUUACAUUCUAACAGUCAAAAACACAUACAAUAAAUCCUACACUUUAUUUUGUGUAAUAUUGGAAAGUAAGACGAUACUCGAGUCUAAUUCAUAUUACUGACCCUUUAUCAAAGAUUAAGAGUCAGGAUUUUAUAUAUAAGUUGCAAAUUAUCUCUUUAACUUUGUCCAAAUUUUCAAGAAAUUCUUUCAGGGCUGAACUAGUGCAUAAUGCUAAGAAUCUUUUGUUGUAUAUGAUUUAUUUUUUCAAAAAAUGUAUAUCAAAAUUAAAAGAAAUUAUCAUUUUCUUUUUUUAAUUAAGCAGCUGUCAUUUGCUGUACAAAUAUUUGAUCUAUUUUAAACAAAAAAAAUUGUCACAAUGUAUAGUAACCAUAUUUUUUUAGUUUGAUAUCAUAUUGAUAUUUUUUUAUUAUCAAGUCUCUAAUUUGGUUAAUGAAGACUUCAUGAUGGAAUGAAUGAAGUUAAGGAAUGCUUUCUUUGUUUUUAAUACAAGGGGGUGUUUCACCAAGAGUUAAGUGUGACUUAAGAGUCCUGCUUAAAUACCAAGGCACACAUGAUAUUCAAUGCAUCGUCUGAUCGACGGAUAUGUGGUAGUGUGUGUUCGGUGUACAUGAUGUGACCAAUGGCGUGAUGCGUUAUAUAACGCAUGCAACUGAAUUUUAAUUGUGACUUUCAUCUUUGUGAAACAUCCCCCUGAGGGGUGUUUCACAAAGAUUUAAGUAUGACUUAAGUCGCACUUAAAUGCCGACAUGUACAUGAUAUGCAAAGCGCAAUCUUAUUGAUCAUUACGCAGUAGUGCGCAUCCAUUUUCCAUGAUCUGACAAAUGUGAUGUCUUUUAUACCAAACGCAACUAGGGAUUUAAGUGCGACUCUUAAGUCACACCUACAUCUUUGUGAGACAUCCCCCAGAUCAGUUCACUCGUAUUUAAGCUACGAUCAAGGCUCUAUUGGGCUCAGAUAUGUUCACCAACUUGGGUACCUGUACCUGCUUUAGCUGGAAAUAGAAUAUACUUUGUCCUGAUUGUUUUUGCAGAAUUAAACAAUCUAUCAACAUCCUGCAUUGUGUAAUCUUGCAUGAGGUAUUGUACUGAAACGUCACAAGUCAUCAUGCGACCACUUUAUUUGUUUUUUUAUGUUUUAGAUGUAAAGUUAAAUUAGAUUUUGUUUGUCAUUUGAAGUAAAUGCCUUAAGUUCUGUUGUAUCGUUAUUUAGAAGUUUGAUUUCAUUUUACAUUCCACAUUUUAGCCAAUACCCAACUGAGUGUUCUAAAUGUAACUUACAACAUUAAAGAAUUUGGGGCAUUUGAUUGAAUUUUGGUGUUAUGAGAUCCAGAUCUCUUUGUACCUUUAUAUGUCUGCUUUAGGGGGUAAACUUUAUCUUAAUUUGUGUUAUACUGAUUUUACAGCAUUGACUUCUGUACACAUAACUAGAAUAUACAAGGUUUUUUUUAGUAUGAACUUUCUUGAUUUCUAAUUUUCAUCACAGUGGAUAAUAAAGAGACCUAUUUUUCUAUGAAUUUCUUUCUACUGAAAUAAAACAAUCAAGUAGAA